CUUCACACAGUGGCUCCAACGGUCCAAUCCACCUCACACCCCUUCAGCCGGAGCGCCUUUUUUCAUCCCUAUCCUUACACACACUCUCACUCACACUUUCUCUCUCUCCAAAUUCUCACCUCCUUUCUCUCUCUAAAUUUCAUUCAGAUUUUUUUUUUUAAUUGAGUGGGGAUGGACCCACCGCCGGAUCCACCACUGUUAGCCGCUCAACCACCGACGGUUGUUCCGGCCAUCCCAACCGCCGCCGCCGCCAACCCUACCCCUACCCGAGCUCCUUCUCACAACCACCCACCUUACGCUGAGAUGAUAACGGCGGCGAUAUCGGAGUUGAACGAGCGAAACGGGUCGAGCAAGAGGGCUGUAGCAAAGUACAUAGAGACUCACUUCUCGAAUCUGCCACCCACCCACUCGGCGCUGUUGACUCACUACCUCAAGCGGUUGAAAAUCAACGGCCAGAUUCUCAUGGUCAAACACUCUUACAAACUCCCUAGAUCUACUCCUCCUGCCGUCAACGGCGCUGUCAAGCCCGAUCCAGCUUCUACCGGGUCGAAGAGGCGGCCCGGCCGUCCUCCCAAACCCAAGCCCGACACAAUUCAAACUCCGGUACCGGUUUUCGCCCCUCCCAUGGACAUGAACGCUUUGCCGAACAUUGCUCCGGCACCUCAGCAGCCGAUGCACAACCCCGAUGUUGGGCAAGGGCCCGUUUACGUACCUGUUGUGGGGCCCGAAAACGGGGCUGCUGCGGUUGAGCCCGUGUUUAAACGGGGACGUGGUCGUCCGCCGAAGCAGGGAGGGUUUAAACGGGGACGUGGUCGUCCACCCAAGACUGGUGAGCCCACCGGCGGCGUUGGCGGCGGCGGCGGUGGUAGGGCAGGCAGGGGGAGACCUAAGAAGAUCGCCACCUUAGUUAUUCGAAAAACAGGGAGGCCACGUGGCAGGCCGCCUAAGCCGAUUAAUGUGGUAGGAGCUGCAGCGGCACCUGCUGCUAAUGUUGGUGUUGCAAUGCCUGUGGUUGGCGGUGGAGUUGCGGCACCGCUAGUGAUGGGGAAGCGAAGAGGGCGGCCGCCAAGGGCAGAUGGUACGGCUAAGAAGCAGAGGCACUUGAUUGCUGUGCAGCCAAAGAAGCCGAGAAAGUUUUCUGGUAGGCCUUUGGGCCGGCCUAGAAAGAACGAUGCUGCAGUGGCCGCUCGAACUCCAGACUCGCAGCUCCUGGUGGCCUAUCUCGAUCUGAAAUCAAAACUCGAACAUUUGCAAUCGAGAGUGAAGCAAACCGUGACGUCAAUAGUACCAUCGUUGAACGAUGAAGCUGCCAUUAGUGCGUUGCACGAGCUAGAAUUUGUAGCAAUGAAUGUGAAUGUUGCACCGCCCGUUGUUCAAAACCAGCAGCCACAGCAGGAGCAGCUGCCGCCCGAGGCCCAAAGUUAAAAAGAGUUGCUAAUUUGCAGAGAGAGAGAGAGAGAAAGGUAAGCUAUUAUAGUGUGCUGACUGUUGGAGAAAGAAGAAGGGUUUCUUUUUAGGCAAAGUAAGAUUUAGGAUGGGAGUUGGCGCGCGCGCAUAGGGAACAGAAAUCGCUAUUGCGAAUCUUUUGUUUUCUUUGUAGUUAUUUAUGUCUUAAAUAUUUUUAGGUAAAGAUUUAGAGAAACGUUGAUUUGAAUUUGAACGUGGCUGUGUCGGUCUGUAUGAAGCUGUAAAAUCUUUCUGAUAUUUUAACUCUUGUGUUGUACCCUUUGUCAGCAUCAACAUAACACAGCAUUUAACCUGAUAUUUAUUCAUAUUAACUUAUGCAGAUUGCAGUUCAUUCA